GAUACCUUGGGGAAGAACAUGAGGCGCUUGCAAGAUAUAUCCCUUCUUUUCCUAGGAAUUCGUCAUCAUUGAUGUUUUAGAGAAUUUUUUUCUUUACAUUGAUAUAUUUCAUGAACUUCAGAGCACAUUUUCACAUAAAUCUUCUUUGAUAAAAUCUUGGUUGCGGCUUUACAUUAGCGUCGCUGAGAAUAUUUGACGAUUGAGAUAGCGAUAUGGCAAAUCCCCCAUUCGAGCUUGAAAAAAAUGAAGAGCGCUCUUCAUAUUCAUCCGAUGGUAGCGUUAGCCACCGAAAUGACAGUUGGAAAGGCCUCCUCCGUGGUAAUGGAAAAGAAAAAAGGCAACACAAUCAUGAUAAAGGUGGUCUAAGAAGACGCUGGCUUAGCAUCAUUGGUAUUAUCAUUGUACUCGGAAUUACCGCUACCUUGUAAGUAUUUUCGCCCAGCUUUUCUGUUCCUUGGAGACUGCAAGUUCUAAUUAUCUUCCUCUUAGUAUAUGGUUAUCUCUACUUCUGACCGUACCUCAUCGACAUAGACCUCAGGUUCCCUCGAAUAAAGUCAGUUCCAUAGUAGAUGAUUGGCGGAAGCCCGAAGAUUCCGUCAGCAUGCUUUCUCCUUGGAAUCUAGAUUUUACCGAAGGUAUCACACCAAUAGCAUGCCAUUCACACAACGAUUAUUGGCGUACUGUCCCACUUUUCGAAGCUAUGGCUGCUGGAUGCACUAGUGUAGAAGCAGACAUAUAUCUUCCAACAAAACCUGGGAACGAAGACCUUUUAGUAGGCCAUUCUUCACGGUCGCUGGUACAAGACCGCACACUUCAAAGCCUAUAUAUUGAACCUUUAUUUACCAUCCUUGAGAAUGUUAACAACAGCUCCACCCGUUCGGAUGGAGAUAACUGGAAAGGCAUCUUUCAAUCCAGUCCAAAUACUACUUUUGUACUUUUCCUAGAUUUCAAAUCUGAUGGUAGUGAUCUGUGGCCCCAUGUAAAUCAACAGCUUGAACAACUCCGAGCCAAGAAUUGGCUUACCCAUUGGAACAACUCGAGUGGAAUUACUUGGGCCCCAAUUAUAGUUAUCGCUUCUGGAAACGCUCCUUUCGACCUUCUGGUUUUGAAUACAACCUGCCGCGAUAUAUUUUUCGAUGCUCCUUUAGAUGACAUUGAAAACUCUCUCUACAACAACACAAACUCCUAUUAUGCCAGUGUUUCGAUGUCAAAAGCUAUCGGUAGACCGUGGCUAUGGAAGUUCAGUUCAACACAGCUAGAUAAAAUCAGCGAACAAGUUAGCGCAGCAAGUGACAAGGGUUUGAAAGCCAGAUACUGGAACACUCCUUCUUGGCCUGCAAAAUUAAGAGAUUAUGUUUCAGGAAUUUUGAUAGAGAGGAGAGUUGGGAUUUUAAAUGUAGAUGAGUUUUCCUCUACAUUCUAUUUCCCAUUAGUGACUAGAUUUGAGAAGAACAGACUGGUUUGGUGAAUGGUCAGGUGGGAUGAGCCAUAUCCACGGCAGCAGUGAGAAAUAUGGAUGUUUUGAUUACUCACACAUAUAUAUCAAUUGAGUCUCAAACAGUUAGCUCGAAUGAGAUUGACAAGUUUGAGUGAUUUGGGUGUCUUCUGUAGGGAAUGAUUGGAUCAAUAAAGACGAAUAAAAGACAAGAAUCUCGGCCCAAUGUCCAAUAGUCCUGGGAUAUGAAAACGGCACA